UUCAUAUCAAAUAUAUUGGGCUUAAUAAAACCAAAAAAAUGGCAGGCUCAUCACAAUAUAUUUUGGUAAUAAGUCUUUGCUGCAUUGGCUUUGUGGCUGGAGGGUUUGCUCAGCUCACUCCAUUUUUUUACAUGCAAAGCUGCCCAAGUGUGACCAAUAUUGUAGGAGGGGUCAUUCAACAAGCUCUGCAGACUGAUCCUCGUAUUGCUGCCAGUCUCAUUCGUCUUCACUUCCACGAUUGCUUUGUUAUUGGUUGUGAUGGAUCGCUAUUGUUGGACAGCACUGAUACAAUAGUGAGCGAAAAAGAAGGUUUUGGAAAUAUUAACUCGGCUAGAGGUUUUGAAGUUGUGGAUAAUAUCAAAACUGCCGUUGAGAAUGCUUGUCCUGGUGUUGUCUCUUGUGCUGAUAUUCUAGCCAUCGCAGCUGAAGAAUCUGUGCGCUUGUCAGGAGGCCCAGGAUGGUUUCCCCUAUUAGGAAGAAGGGAUAGCUUAAUAGCUAAUAAAAGUGGAGCAGAUGAACUUCCAGCUCCAUUUGAGACACUUGAUGCACUCAAAGACAAGUUCUCUCAACGAAACCUCGACUCAACAGAUUUGGUUGCACUUUCCGGCGCCCACACAUUUGGACGUGCCAAGUGCGAAACAUUCAGCUUCAGACUAUACAACUUCAACAACACAAACAAUCCUGACCCAACCCUAAGCCCAACCCUCUUAGCAACACUAAGACAACUAUGUCCUCAGGGAGGAAACGGCAGUGUCCUCACUAAUCUCGAUCCUGUCACUCCAAACACUUUUGACAACAAGUACUUCUCCAAUCUCCAAUCCGAGAAUGGAAUCCUUCAAACCGAUCAAGAGUUGUUCUCCAACCCCGGAACCGACGCCCCGGACACUGCUAAUAUUGUCAACGUUUUCAGUGCCGACCAACGAAUUUUCUUCGGCCAGUUUGUGGUGUCAAUGAUCAAGAUGGGAAAUAUUAAGGUCUUGACUGGCUCACAAGGGGAAAUCAGGUCAAACUGCAGAAGGAUUAAUGCAGAUAUAAGUGGUUUAUCUUCAAUUAGUACUGCUGGUUUGGUUGCACAGUAUUGAUUAACUAAUUAAUAUAUAUAUAUAUAUCGUGUUAUAAUAAUAAUUUUAAGAGUGAUCAUCAUCGUAUCCUAUAUCAUCCUUUAGUUUCUUUGCAUGUACCUAUUAUUAUUGUUACAAUCUUAGCAUGUGUGUUAAUGUGUUAUUAAUUAAUAAAUAUAUUAUUUCAAAGUGAUUUAUAAAUAUAGAGCAUUGUUAUUA